AUGGGAUUUUGGGUGCGACUUGUGAGCGUGAGGAUGAAAAUUAAGCGCUACUUCCAUUCCCUGACGGAGGACAAGGAAGAACGACGCACACAUCACCAACCUAGUGCCAUUGGCCCGGCACUUGCCCCAUGGGAUGCUUCCUCCCCAUUCGUGGUGUGCUUGGCACAGUUGGCCUCCCUGUCCGAGUCUUUGCCCCCACGGCUGCAGCUCUCCCCCGAGUUGGUGCGUCGACAACACGAUGCGCCUGUUUUGGGUCAGAUUGUUAUGUUUUAUCUCUGGUGGAACGAAUGCCACCUAGAGCUUUACAGCAUUGCUCUUCACGGAUAUCCCCAGUCCCUAGAUCCGACGGUCAUGUCAACCGCGCCUGCUGGCUGGAUUGACCAGGCCCGUCACAACUGCUUACGGCACGCCCAGGCUAUCACGGAUGUUUUAGACCUUGUGGACCGGGAAAUGCCUCGCCAGCCGUUGACUAUCUCUGAUCACACCAUUGCGCACGUGGUUUAUUUGUCUGUACGGGUACAAUUGGAACUCCUGAUGCCGACGCUCAAGGAUGACGGGAUGCGUCUUGAAUUAGAGAAGAAAUUCGACAUGAUGCUGGGAUUCAUACAAAGAACAAGUAAAUAUUUCCAUCAAGUGUCCUUGGUCCUUCAGGAGAUGCGCCGUAUGUUAGCAUGCCACGAGCUUGCCUCGGGAACUUUCGAGAGCGAGGAUGCAGUUUCUCAGACUGCCUCUUUGCCUUGGUUCUGCCGUCAAAAAGCGCUGGACUCCAGACGAGCAGCCGAGCAAGCUGAUAUAAUUGCAACACACCUCGAAGCAAGUCUCGCUGAAAUUUUGCCUGAUUGCAUCCCAUUUGGCACUAUGUCUUGGGUCCGGGGAUACGACGUCGAUGAUUCUUGCAGACUUCCCGAAACAGCAGAAGCAUCGUGGGAUAUCUUGCCCAAUUUGUGGAUGGGAGGCCCGCACACUGGACAAUCAACUAACAACCUUGUUACAGCCAUGACUGAUUUUAGCAGCCUCAAUAUGUUCAAUUCCUGGGGACGCAUUAAUCCUAGCGGGACUGGAUCUCGUUUUGAUCCACUGCUUCCUAAUCACUCGUUCGCGCAUCCCAAUGCAACAGGGCCCUGUGGAAAUUCAAACGUCAUUUCUUCGGAUGCUUCCUUCUCUUUGAAUUCAUUGGACACGUAG